ACGGCUUUCCUCGAGGAUACACAAAUUUGCUCAUCCGCCAGCGUUGUAUCGCUAACCGUCAAAGAAAGGGCUUCAGCCUCGGUACGUACGUCGGCAAGAUUGGAGACCGCAGUUACGCUGCUUAGUUCCCCUAUCGCACCACUGAAUCUUGGAAGCACUGGCCACUUGUGUCAAGAUCCUACUUUGGACAGGACAUCCUUGUAUACAGACAUGGUUAAGUCAUAUCGGUGGUUUGACAAAGUACGUAAGAACUUGCUAUUUUCACAGCCAAUGUGGCUGAGAAUAUACCAGUGCAAAAAUUCAAAGGCACUGUGUUUGCAUCAAGGGACGAGUGGUAAAAAUUUAGGGGCAGUUGUAGCUAAGAAGACUGGCGUGGCCUACGGACGCGGUAUCAUCAUCGGCCCGCUGAUGAAGAGGGGCUUGUGCUCUCGGUGUCUGACGCUCACUGAGACAGCACUGGUGUGUCUUCGUGGCCUGAUCAUAGAAUGGGUGCUGGUGAAGGCAUUUAAUGAAGACUUCUAUACAGAUGAUGACCAGCUCGACAUGUGGUCGAAGUUUCGGUACCAGGUGUUUCAAAAGGUGGCAGACCAUGCCAAUGCAGCAAUGCAUCAUUUAUUUUCUCUGCAACUUCCUGACUUGGCCGUUGAAUCGUUCCUGACGUGGCUCCACAGUUACCUGCACCUGUUCUCAGCACAACAUGCCACCAACAUGGAGGGACCUGUGUAAUUUGGAUGUUUACCACGAAACCUGCAGGCCGUGAGCAUUCCUUUGGACCACGUCAUGUCUUGAGAGUUCAUCUGAUUUGAGUUGGCUGCUUUAGUUCAGCUUUGCCAGAAGACAGAGUAUAUGCUGAACACUUCUUAAAUAGGCAGCAGGGUCAUUCAACCACAUUGAGACAACCUGCCAUUGCUGCUCGAACAGGGGACGUAUUCUGCAACGUUCACAUCGGCGAUAGUUCACCUUUUGCCUUCAGGCACGUGCUGAUUGGCUGGUAGAGCAAAAUUGAAUGACGUUGGGCUCAACCAGCCAAUCAGCUCAUCCAAUUUUGCUAAAACAGCCAACCAGCGCGUGCCUGAAGGCGAAAUUGUCGCCUAGGCGGACUAUCGCUGAAGUGGAAAAUUUCGGAAUACGUCCACAGAUCUGUAUGUACAUGUAAUAAAGAACUUGCAACCACAUGUGCACACAU